AUGGAUCUGAAGCCAGGGGACAGACUGAGGUGUUUCGUUUCUUCGCCUUCUCUGCCUCUUCUCAUCCUUUCUCGCUCUCUGCUCUGCGGUGUGACGAGGCUGAAUCCUCUCCGCACCCAGCCCUCGCCUUUCUUCUUCUGCCCGCGCUGUUCUAUUUCUCUCCUUCGGCCGCCGCCGCCACUGCUGCACAGCUGGUGUCGGUGCCGCGCUUUUCCCCCUGCGUCGUCCCCGCAGCCUAUGGCCCAGGCCGCCUUGGGUAUUUCUGCUCAAGGACCCAGACGUAAGGCUUGGUGGCCCGUCUCGGCUUUAGUGCAAGAAUUGUGUGUAUCUCCAGAAAACAUCAUUUACAUAAGUCCUUGCAAGCAAGUGUCUCAAAUAAAGUAUGCAGCAAAAGUUGGAGUGAAUAUCAUGACAUGUGACAAUGAAGUCGAACUGAAGAAAAUUGCACGUAAUCACCCAAAUGCCAAGGUCUUACUACAUAUUGCAACCGAAGAUAAUAUUGGAGGUGAAGAGGGUAACAUGAAGUUUGGCACUACCCUGAAGAACUGUAGGCAUCUUUUGGAAUGUGCUAAGGAACUUGAUGUCCAAAUUAUUGGGGUUAAAUUUCAUGUUUCAAGUGCUUGCAAAGAAUCUCAAGUAUAUGUACAUGCUUUAUCUGAUGCUCGAUGUGUAUUUGACAUGGCUGGAGAAUUUGGCUUCACAAUGAACAUGUUAGACAUUGGUGGAGGCCUCACAGGAACUGAAUUUCAAUUGGAAGAGGUUAAUCAUGUUAUCAGCCCUUUGUUGGAUGUCUACUUUCCUGAAGGAUCUGGCAUUAAGAUAAUUUCUGAACCCGGAAGCUACUAUGUGUCUUCUGCAUUUACACUUGCAGUUAAUAUCAUUGCAAAGAAAGUUGUUGAAAAUAAGUUUUCCUCUGGAGUAGGAAAAACCGGAAGUGAUGAACCAACCUUCAUGUAUUAUAUGAAUGAUGGUGUUUAUGGUUCUUUUGCAAGUAAACUGUCUGAGGACUUAAAUACCAUUCCAGAGGUUCACAAGAAAUACAAGGAAGAUGAGCCUCUGUUUACAAGCAGCCUUUGGGGUCCAUCCUGUGAUGAGCUUGAUCAAAUUGUGGAAAACUGUCUUCUUCCUGAGCUGAAUGUGGGAGAUUGGCUUAUCUUUGAUAACAUGGGAGCAGAUUCUUUCCAUGAACCAUCUGCUUUUAAUGAUUUUCAGAGAGUCCAUGUUCACAGGAAGGCCUGA